CUUCCGGCUCCGGCGAGGCGUCGCGUGCGCGGGCGGCGAUGCGGCCGCUGACGGAGGCGGAGACGCGCGCGGUGUUCGAGAAACUCGGGAGAUACAUCGGCGAGAACAUCCAGCUGCUGGUGGACCGGCCCGACGGCACCUACUGCUUCCGCCUGCACCGGGACCGCGUCUACUACGUGAGCGAGAAGCUGCUGAAGGUGGCCACGAGCGUCCCCCGGGACAGCCUGGUCGCGCUGGGCACCUGCUUCGGGAAGUUCACCAAGACGCAGAAGUUCCGGCUCAACGUCACGGCCCUGGACUUCCUCGCACCCUACGCCAAGUACAAGGUGUGGGUGAAGCCAGGCUCGGAGCAGUCCUUCCUCUACGGCAACCACGUGCUGAAGUCCGGCCUGGGCCGCAUCACGGAGAACACGGCCCAGUACCAGGGCGUGGUGGUGUACUCCAUGGCUGACAUCCCGCUGGGAUUUGGGGUAGCUGCAAAGUCCACGCAGGACUGCAGGAAGGUGGACCCCAUGGCGAUCGUGGUGUUUCACCAGGCUGACGUCGGGGAGUACGUGCGGAGCGAGGACACGCUGACUUAGGGAGUUGCCCGCUCUGAAAACAUGAGCGAUUCUGGGCAGAAGGGACCUUGACCUGUGCAGUCUGCACGCUGCCGGCACGCGGGCAGCAAGGAGCCUGCCCCGAGCGGGGUGGUGGGAGGCAGCGGCACUGCCCCACGCCUGCCGGGGGGGAGGGGGUUCUGCUGCUGUGACCAUGAGUACCUGCUCCCCACAGUGGUAGGUCUGGUGCUGUGAUCAUAUAAAGCCAUUUCCCUUUCUUGUAAA